GGGACCUCAAAGGGAAUCAACGCACAUAGACGAGUGAUUCCAAGUGUUGAAGGGAUAUCCUGGAAGAUGGGACGUAAGAGAAAGCCAGUGAGUAAAGCAAACAGUGCGGUGAAUCCCUCAAAUAAUUCCGAAGUAUCGCCAAAUGGAAAUAACUCGAAUGAGAUUGAUCCAUCAACGACUUCGCAAACAUCAAUACUCGAUAUUUCUUCACGCUUGACACUUCCAUUGAAACCCCCCGGUGUUGACUUGUCAGUCGACAGUGACGAUGAAGAAAUAUUGGAAUUCCAAAUAAGACCUCGUUUUUUUUUCGUAUCAAGUUUGUGCUUAGUCUGCAUGAAUCAGUGUACAAUACAUUGUGACGAUUGUGGAAUGGUGUCUUAUUGUUCCGAGAAGCAUAGGGAGGAGAACAGACCGCGGCAUGCGGCAUUAUGUAAAGUUCUACUGGAAAUUUGUCGGGGGAUGGAGGGAUUCUCCCUGGCGAAGACACUGCCGCCUGACUUGUACAGGUCUUUCCGGAUAAAAACAAUUAGUUUAGUCGAGCACAAAAUGAAGAGAAGAUUGGACCUGUGGGAGAGGGAGAUCAUGUUGUAUCCGAGAAUAUGCGGAUCCUGCGGAAAAGUGGACGAGUUGAUCUGCUGUCCCGCCUGCGGGGUGGACUUUUACUGCGGACGGCACGAGCAGAACCACAUCAAGUGGUGCAAAGAGUUUCAGGUCUUUCGGAGAAUCCUCUGGAUGCAGCAUAAACACGGAUUCGUCGAGCCCGAUAUUCCCGUUGUUUAUUACAGGGAGGCGCACGUGCUGCCCGAAAAUUUCGACUUUCUCAUCUACGACAUGUAUAAAAAUAGCCCGAGUUAUAGGAGAAUUGAUAGCUACACCUAUGCCAGUUUGUCGCACGUCGCCACUGCCCCGCUGACUGCAUUGUUUGCCAUGCAGAAAGCUAUUCAUGACUGGACUAGACGAACUAAAUUUCGGAUUCAUGUAAUUGGCGCCGAAUUUCAGUUUGAAUGCUCCUUACUGCGAGUGUGGGAGAAGCUUUUUCUUCAUUUCCUACCGAAUUUGAAGACUCUGACUAUUGAAUUCACCGGGCCGGAGUUGUAUCUCCCACCGGCGCCAUCGGAACUCCUGGGGAAAAUCAAAAUGUGCAGAUCUUGUAAGUCCGCCGGCAAGAGGAUCGAGAUAUCCUUCAACCCUCAGAGACUGUAUCACGACGUGGAGAAUGGAUCGCAAGCUGAUUUGAUAUGUCUGUUCAAUCCUGGACUCUAUCGAGAAACUGGUUUCGAUAAUGUUGAUACGUGGCCGGGUACGAUAAUGAAAUUUUGUGCCGCAAAGGUUCCCGUUGUCAUCACGUCGUACACUGAGUUCGAGAUACCGAGAGAUGUCGAGCGGAUAAAGUCUAUUAGAGACAUCCAAGUGCUGCUGGAGCCCCAACGGAAUCCUUUCGGGACAGUCAAACCCGAUAGGAAUUUCGUUAGUGACGAUGUCGUGCCACUCAUGUACAAGAAUUACUGCGUCUGUAUAGUGAAAGGAGUGUGAUUCAGUGUAGACUAUUAUUCUAUUUAACUUCCCGAUAGGGGAGUUAUUUUACUCUUAAGGGGAUACGUCGGUGAAAUUUAAGUCUUCCCUGGGCCUUGGGAGUCAUUGAACAGUUUGUGAUAUAUGACGGAAUAUGGGAAUAACUGGGGAAUAUCACGGACCCGAUCGAUGUUGCCCCGUAUAACAACGAAAAACUUCAUUUUUUCCCGUUUUUGCCUUCAAAAUGCUCCUCGCGCGGUAGCUUUCGAACGAUUUUAGUUUUCUUCAAUGUUCGUGAUAUUCCAAAGAAUAAAGUUAAGCGUCCGUUUAACUUUAUAAAUGAAUCUCGAAUUUCGUAAAUUUUAGCCUACUCUAGAGACGCGAAAUAUUUACGAAAUUCAAAAUUCACUGAUUCAUUAUCUAUUUCGAAUGAACUUUAUUCUUUGGAAUGUAACGAACAUUUUAAAAAAAAGGUAAAAUCGUAUGAAAACUACGGCGCAAGGAGCA